GACAAGGCAAGAUGGCGCGAAUGCGGUGGAAUUGGCCAGUCGAGUUGUUUCAGUGCGAGAGGUAAAAGGGCACGCGCCGAGGAACCCGAGGUCGUGCGUGCGCGUGCCCGUGUUCGAGCACUUCCUCGAGACCUUUCCCGAACCGCAGGCGGGUCUGUUCGGUCGACUGCGCGAAGGCGGCGCGGUCGGUGGCCCGUCGGCGAAGAAGAUGAAGCCGCCCGAGGAAGGCGCGGCGACGACCACGUCCAAGCUGGAGAUGCUGCUGUACGCCUUGUGCGCCCUGUACGUCUUCUACUACGUCCUGGCGCUGGAGCACCGGCCGCGCCUCGUCGGCCGCCUGGGCAGCAUGCGGCGCUUCAUGCACCGCAGGUUGGGCAACUUCCUCAGCGCCAUCUAUCGCACGCCCGUCUGGUGCGUGGGCGCCAACUUCCAGUCGCUCGUGAGCUUCCUGUACCAGAGCUGGCUGCCGGAGCUGUCCUACCGGCGCGAGUACCUGGUCCUGUCGGACGGCGGGCGGCUGGCGCUGGACUGGCUCCACGAGGAGGCCGAGGCGGUGCCCGUGCUGCUCGUGCUGCCGGGCCUGUGCGGCGACAGCCAGGCCUACUACCUGCGCUCGUUCAUCCCGCUGGUGGAGAAACUGCGCUGCCCGUGCGUCGUCAUGAACGGCCGCGGCCGCGGAGGCCUGCCGCUCGCCACGCACCGCAUCACCCACAUGGCCAGCGUGGGGGACCUCACGGAGGUCGUCGACGAGAUUCGCCGGCGGUACCCCGGCCGAGCCCUCCUGGCGGUGGGCCACUCGCUGGGCGGCCUGCUCAUCAGCCUGUACCUGAUCAAGUACGGGCAGGAGGCGCGCAUCGACGCCGCGCUGGCCAUCUCGACGCCGUUCCACCUGGCCACCGCCAAGCGGAACCUCGAGCAGUGGUGGAACUCGAAUUACGGCGUGCUCAUAUACAUGGCCAGCAACCUGGUCGAACACCUCCAGAUUAACGAAGACGUGCUCCGCUUCAGCGAGGAGGUGAACGCGGACGACGUUCUCUCCUGUUGGACGCUGUCUCAGUUCGACAGGACCUACACGGCUCCGGUAUUCGGCUUCAAAUCGACGGAGGAGCUCUACGAAAGUUGCAGCCUAAAGGGCAAGCUGUCUCGCGUCCGGCGGCCGCUGGUGUUCCUGCUGGCCGGCGACGACGUGUUCGGCUCGUGGCACACCUUUCCCGAGGACGAGAUCAUCGCCUCGCCGUGGCUGGCUGCCGUGGUGACGCCGAGCGGCGGCCAUCUUGGAUUCGUCGAAGGCUGGCUGUUCCCGCGGCCGCCCUUUUACGCGGAGCGUUUCGCGGCCGCUUACGUGCGGGAGUUGCUGCGAGUCGUCGAGACUCGCGGCGUCGACGGGCUCGCCCAGCUAGGCAGUGAUAUGUAACCGCUCGACCCUGCGCCGUUCGAUUAUGCAGCGCAACUAAAUCUCCAUAUUGCAGUUCGUCCUAUGGAUUUCUGAGCA